AGUGGCGGCGCCCAGUGGCGGCCGCCGCCUGCCGGGUGAGCCGCGGCGGCAGGGCCCGGGCGAGCCGGGCUGCGGCGUCCUGUCUUGGCGGGCACGGAGGCUGCCGCUACCUCCCCAAGGAGGAGACCACAACAUACCUGCAGAGCUGUGGCUUCUUCUUCUCCAAGCUCUGCCAAAGGUAUGUGCUGUUACGUAGCACUUGCAUAUGAAGAGAAAAAGGAGUGGAAGACACUAUCAGAGGUUCCUGUCCUUCUAAACUGGGCUUGAAGAAUUCAGCCAACUGACAGAUACAUAAACAAAAUCCAGACGUGAGACAGGCAAGUUCCUCUGCCACAAUGAACUCUGAACAAGAAGAAAUAGAUGUUGCAAAAACUUUUGUUAAUGGUCUGAGCAGCAAUGGGCAAGAAAAAGCUGUUGACGUCCCUUUAUGUACACGCUCUAUUUCUGCCGUUAAAAUAAUCCCUGUGAAGAAAGUGAAAAGUUCUCCUCACCUAGUGCUGCCUACAGGAACGGAUCCCACGAAAGUCUGCAGCGGAAAAGGAGCUGUGACCCUCCGGGCAUCUCCAGCCUGUGAAGAGAAUCAGAAUGUCACUUCCCCAUGUCCUCAGGAUGUUGAGCGACCUGAAAGUCUGGAGCCAGAGAACCCAGAAGCAGAUGAUUGGAGGUCAUCAGCUAAUACUGAUGCCAAUGGGGAUGCUCAGCCAUCUUCUCUGGCUGCCAAGGGUUACAGGAGUGUGCGUCCAAACCUUUCCUCAGACGGCAAGCCACAGGAUGCCACUGCCACUACCACAGCUCAGCCUGGGGUUAUAGUAGUCCCCCUCCUCCAGGUUAAUCCAGACAGACAGCACGAAGGCAGCUCCAGCACUCCACCACCACCUCUGGUUCCUUUUGGGCAAAGCUCCGUAUUCCCUGAGACUGUUUCUCCUCGGUCACCCUUGACUUUUCCAACUCUAGAUGAUUUCAUUCCCCCACAUCUCCAAAGAGGUUUCCAUCAUAGCCAAGCACCUUCCACAUCUGCUACAUUACCCUCUGUUUACCCAAAACUGCCAUUCUUCUCGUCACCACCUUCACUUGUCCCUCCAGUCACAGAGGCUUUGCACAGAGGCUUGAAGCCUGAAAUCACUGGAGUCAUCUCACACACAGACCCAGGUCCUGUACUAAAUGAAGUGUCUCAGCCUGGCUCUGGCACCGACUGUUCAACCUCCUUUACUUCCAUCAACAAGUCGUCCUCUGCCUAUCCUUCUACCACGAUCGUCAAUCCCACUAUUGUCCUCUUGCAGCACAAUCGAGAACAGCAAAAAAGGCUUAGUAGCCUGGCAGAUUCAGUGCCAGACAGACUAGUUUCUGAUAAAGUCGAUUCAGUGCUCAUACAGGACAAGCCAGCUCAGGAGACAGUGCCAAGUGAGAAGAGAGGAAUGGAAGAGAAGAGAAGCAUUGUCAAGAGCCCUCAGCAUGUGAUUGACACCUCCAUCGAUGAUAUUGGCAUUCCAUUGAGGAAUACAGACAGAUCAAAGGACUGGUACAAGACAAUGUUCAAACAGAUCCACAAGAUAAAUAGAGACACUCCUGAAGAAAACCCUUAUUGCCCUACCUACACAUUUCCUGAACUUCCUGAAAUCCAGCAAAAAAUUGAAGAAGACAAUCCUUAUUCUCCUACAUACCAGUUUCCUGCGUCCACUCCUAGUCCUAUCUCUGAAGAUGAAGAUUCUGAUUCAUACUCUCCUCGUUAUUCCUAUUCUGAGGACAGCCGAACUCAGCUUUCUGUUCCCCGCUCCAAGAGUGAGAUGGACAAUAUUGAUUCAGAGAAGGCUGUUAAGAGGUCUGCCACUUUGCCACUGCCAAACCGUGCUUCAUCACGGAAAUCAAGCCCAGAAAGGACUGACUGGGAGCCUCCAGACAAGAAGGUGGACACCAGAAAAUACCGUGCAGAGCCCAGAAGCAUUUAUGACUAUCAGCCAGGAAAGUCCUCUGUUCUAAACAAUGAAAAGAUGACUCGGGAUAUAAGCCCAGAAGAGAUAGAUUUAAAGAAUGAACCUUGGUAUAAAUUCUUUUCGGAAUUGGAGUUUGGGAAACCGCCAUUUGUUCACAUGCCUCCAAAAAAGAUUUGGGAUUAUACUCCUGGAGAUUGCUCUAUCCUUACUAGAGAGGAUAGAAAGACUGAUCUAGAAAAAGACCUCUACCUCUACCAGACUGAGUUAGAGGCAGAUUUAGAAAAAAUGGAGAAGCUUUAUAAAGCACCACAUAAAAAGCCACAGAAGAAUACAGCAGGUGUUACUCCUUUGGAAACUUCCACAGACCAGUCUGCCUACUCCACAUAUUCACCCAACUACCAUGCAGUGAAGAGAGAGUCAGAACCAGCACCAGGAGACCCUGCUGGCUUGGAGAAUGAAAGACAUAUUUACAAGAGUGUGCUGGAAGGUGGAGAUAUCCCGUUCCAGGGGCUGAGUGGUCUCAAGCGACCUUCUAGCUCUGCCUCCACAAAAGUGGAUCGUAAAGGUGGGAAUGCUCAUAUGACUGCUCCCUCUUCAGUUAACAGCCGAACCCUUAACGCUAGUCAUGCUGGUAUGUUAGGUCACGCAUGUAAACAUAAGAAGCCCUUAUCAGCUGCAAAAGCCUGCAUUACUGAAAUCCUCCCUUCUAAAUUCAAACCAAAACUAGCUGCUCCAGCUGCUCUUGUGCAGGACAAGAAGGGUAUCUUGCUGUCUCAUGAGAAGGCUCAAAGCUGCGAAAACCUUCGUAGCUCCAUUGCCUUGUUUGGUAAUAAAAAGGCUUUGAUGGUAGACAUAGGGGAAAGCAUAGAAAACAUGUUGAUGAAAUCGAAGCAAGAGUAUGCAGUCAAAUCUGGCAGCACCAUGAGCUUGCAGGAGUAUGGCAUCAACUCUAGGAAAGGCUACCUGUUCCCUGCUUCCAGGAAGAGCGGGAUGGAAUUUACAAUGCUGUAUAAAGACAUGCACCAGAUCAACCGGUCCAGGAUCCAUCUGGGUGCAGCCUCGUCCUGCAGUGUGAGGGAUAUUGCAUCUCAGUUUGAGAAUGAAGCAAAGGACAGGAUGGAGCCCAGCCUUAAUCAUGAGGAUUCAGAGCAAAUUCCUAAACACACUGUUUCCUCCCGUAUCAGUGCCUUUGAGCAGCUGAUCCAGAGGUCUCGUUCAAUGCCAUCACUUGACUUUUCCACUGGACAAAACAAAUUCACCACUUUUCUCCAGCCUAAAACUUGUCUGAGUUCUGCCUACUCUGCAGAGUUUCUUCUGGAUUUGCCAAAAGCGCACCAAGAAGAGAAGGAUGCAGCCAGCUUGGCAGAUAAGUCCUGCAAUUCCUGCACUAACAUGGAGGACACAGCUUCAGAUGUCAGUGAUGCCAUCGCUAUGGACACACUUUCAGCUUGCACAGAUGAGAUAGAUCUUCUCUCCAAUGCAUCCAAUGACAGUGGCAGCAGCAACAGCAACCUCAAUGGGCCUCAAAAACAUAAAAUCAACAGAUGUAAAGGCACAUGCCCAGCUUCCUACACCAGGUUCACUACCAUCCGAAGGCAUGAGCAGCAGCAGGCCUCCAGAAACCCUGACUCUAAAGGAGAUGCCUAUGGGGACAGACAUAUGCUCCCCAGAAAUGUCUACCUAAUGAGCCCGCUCCCUUUCCGAUUGAAAAAGCCCUUCCAAAACAAAUCCUGCAGGACUCCACCCCUAGACUGCCCAGGAGGUCCAGCAGUGCCCAGUCUUGAGAACCCAGACGACCCCAUACAGCUACAGGAGAGUGUAGGACACAAGAGCCACCACUUCCAGCACCAGCUGUACUCCAGAAGCAGGCCUCUAGCCCCCAGGCGCCUGUCUUCCUUUGACAUUGUGGAGAGGCUUAGCUACUUCCCCACCAUGGGAUCUAGCCAAGAUAGCUUCACGGGCCGGGCUGGCACUCCUGACUCCUUAAACAAUGGGAACCCUGUUCCAUAUGCCCUCUGUCACAGCCUGGAUACAAACAACAACCCGCAAAGUGAACUUGGGACGUACCUAGGAGAUUCAGAAUCACCAAGGCAUUUUGCACCAGCUGAUUACAUGGAAACUCCAGAAGAAAUUAUCCGCAGAAGGCAUGAUGAUAAAGAGAAACUUUUAGAGGACCAGAGACGGAUUAAACGUGAGCAAGAAGAAGCUGAUAUUGCAGCUAGAAGGCACACAGGGGUUAUUCCAACGCACCAUCAGUUUAUCACUAAUGAGCGAUUUGGGGACCUGCUAAAUGUAGACGAUACAGCAAAGAGGAAAUCUGGGUCAGAGAUGAGACCUGCUAGAGCCAAGUUUGACUUUAAAGCACAGACGCUAAAGGAACUUCCUCUGCAAAAAGGAGAUAUUGUUUACAUUUACAAGCAAAUUGACCAGAACUGGUAUGAAGGUGAACACCAUGGCAGAGUUGGCAUCUUCCCACGGUCAUAUAUAGAGCUUCUCCCACCAGCUGAGAAAGCUCAACCCAAAAAGCAAUCCCCAUUGCAAGUAUUGGAAUAUGGAGAUGCUAUUGCUAAGUUCAACUUCAAUGGGGAUACCCAAGUGGAAAUGUCCUUCAGAAAGGGUGAAAGGAUUACGUUGAUUCGGCGAGUGGAUGAGAACUGGUAUGAAGGAAAAAUCUCUGGCACCAAUCGCCAAGGCAUCUUCCCUGUCACUUAUGUGGAGGUGCUCAAACGGCCAGUGGUCAAGAACGCCAUUGACUACCCUGAUCCACCAAUGUCUCUCUCCCCUAACCGCAGCGUGACGGCAUCACCACAGUCUCCCAGCUCUGAGCUGCUCCAUACACCAACUCCUCCGCCUUUGCCUUUCGCACGCCGCACCUUAUCUCCAGAGGUGCAGGCAGUCACAACUGAGUGGAUUGCUCUGACUGUGGGAGUGUCUCCUAGCACCACUCCUACCAUAACUCCUCCAUUGCCUCCUCCGCCUGAAGCCUCUCUCCCUCACUCUGACUAUCUCUCGCCUUCCACUGCAGCCAGCCCUACCCCCACUGUCAGCCUCCAGCAUUCCAACCUCUCUGGCUCCUCAACUCCCAGGUCCAUUAAAUCCCCAUUGCCCUCUUACUCAUCCAGACCUCAGUCCUCCACUCGCAGUUUCUAUCAGGCUACUCCACAAAGUCAAGAAAAGUUUGUUGGCUCUCUUUCUCCCAGCAUUAGCUACUCUAGCUCCCCUCGCUGGGCAGCAGAGAGCCCGGAAAGCAUCCUCGCAGAGCAGCAUGACACCACUGGCAGCCAAGCCUGGCUCCAAAAGACCAGAGAGGGAAGCAGCAACCCCGACCAGGGUUCUCGUACUGUUCCCAAGAUCUCUGUUGAGCGCUGCCUGAAACCAUCCCAACUAGACAUGCGUGUUAACCCAGAAAAAAGACCUAUGGGUUCCUCUGAGGACAACCAGUUGUGUCAGGAGCUAAUGGCUAUUGUGCAGGGAGGUAAAACAGAGAAAAGAGGCAUCAGGAAAGGUGAUCUGGGAAAGUUUCAAAGCGGGGAAAAGAAGACUGCAGAUUCAAAUGCAUUCUCUUCAUCUGCUCCUCUCUCUUCCUCUGCCCUCUCUUCCUGUACUGUCACAACACAGCCACCUCCCAGACUUACACACAGAGUCAAUAAGUCACAGGAAGCUGUUUGCAGUGAGAUCAUAAACAUUGCAGAAAAAUCUGUUCAUUACUGCAGUGCUAUUUCUCAGCCUCUUGACUCUCGACACAAGGUGACCUCUAAUGACCAUAAACCAUCUCUCAUCAUUUCUCAGCAACCUCAAGCACAGCAGCAAGGAGCCAGCCCUGACAGAAGUCAAACACCACGAGACAUAGUUAGCUACCAAGCCCUCUACAGCUAUACUCCUCAGAACGAUGAUGAGCUGGAACUGAGGGAUGGUGACAUUGUUGAUGUCAUGGAGAAAUGUGACGAUGGCUGGUUUGUGGGUACAUCCAGGAGAACAAGGCAAUUUGGCACCUUCCCAGGCAACUACGUGAAGCUGCUGUACCUGUAAAAUAACAGUGAUCUCACCAUGGCAGUGAUGGGGUUGGUUUCCAGAUGGCGUUUUUAACAGUGAAGAAACAGAUAAUUUAUGAAUGUAAUAGAGAAGAGAUGAGAUGUGUUAGGAGGAUGUGGUUAUGUGGUACAGUAUUGAGUUGAAUGUGUAGCCCUGCUUACACAGUUUCAGGGUGUGAUUUGUUUGCUGAAAAAGAGACAGCUUUUAGUUUACAGUGCUGCCUUUGCAUAUUCCUCUCCCCUCCCCAGCAAGAGUUCUGGUAAUAAUCUUAAUUUGUAUGGAGUACUUACCUCUGAGAAGGCUUCAGGGAAGCAUACUGUAUAGGUUUUGUUUGUGUGUUAAGAUAGGAUAGUGCUUUGGGGCAGUAGGCAGCCUUGCAGUGGCUCCUUUUCACUGGCAAGGUUCAGUGAGGCCAAGCUUUCUGCCUGAUUUUUGCCUCACUGAAGGUUCACUUUGCUCUGCCCUACACAUCUGUAGAAAACCCUUCCUUCAUGUCAUGCACUUUUCAGACCCAGCAGAGGACAGCUCUGGAGAAGGAUUUGGGCACUGGUGGUUUAAUCCAGAGAGGUCAGCCAAAGCAUAAUGCAAAUGUGCAAAAAUCCCAAACUCUUUAAUAACACAUUACCAAUCUCUGCAGGGUUUUUUUCUUUUGUGCAGGGGGUGUGUGUGUGUGAGUGUACUGUGUGCAGCAAAACAGACGGCGUCCUGUUUUUAAAGAGAAAUCAGCCUGGCUUUGACAUUUAUCUGCACAAAGAAUAGAACCAAUAAACAAAACAUUUGUGAGAGCAAAUCCUGAUUGAGUCCUAUGGCUGUUCACUUCUCUGCUCCUCCUGCCCUAUUGCUGGCCCUAAAGGAUCACACACUUUUCAAAGUAUUCUCUUUGGGAUGAAGAUUUUGCUUCUUUCCCUGCAUUGCAUACUAGAGGCUCUGAUGAAUCUGAGCAAUGCAUCACUGAGGGUGCCUUUUAUUUUCUUUUUGGUUGCAGUGUUGAUGAUAGGUCUCAAAUAAGUACAUGCAUUUUGGCUGCCUUUUAGUCAGACAAAAAAGUCUAAUCAAUGUGGAGAGCUGUUCCCAGCAGUUGUUAACAAUUACAUAGAUUCUUAUUUCCUUGAGGAAAAAAAAACCAAAAACACAAACAAACAAAACAUGGCUUGGCUCUAUGCGUGCCUGUAAAUUCACUAUGAAUACCUUUUGAUACACAUUUUGUUAUUAAGAAAAAGCAUAAAAAAAAUGGUUCUAUCAGACUCUGCUUCCUACAGUUACCAUACAAAUAGCAAAAGAUUAGAUUGCUAUUUUGUCAUAAGCCGUAUUUAAUAUUAUAAAAAUGCCUAUUUUUAUGCUGAUGCUUUUAUACAGAUUUGUUAAGAGUAACUACAACUAACUGUUAGCACGACUUGCAAUGUUUUGAUAAACUAGCCAUGCUCCUGGGUUUGCAAUCAAGUAGGCUCAUCUUCUGUCUAGGUCAGCAGAAGAGAAGACUUGGUGUCUCAGAAGUUUGACUGUAAAUAUGUAUAUUUAACUUUGUACAGACAAUGUACUUACCUUGUAUAGAAAAAUAAUUUAAACAUAUUGAGUGAAGGGAGAAAAACAAAAGGCAGAUGUGAAAGGUUGGGAUUUUUUUCCACUUUUAUUUAAAUGAUGGAAUUCCUUGUAUGUUCACAUAAAGAGAUUUAGCACAAACUAUGUUAUGAAAGGGUUUCAGAUACUACAUAAAGCACCACUGUUUCUUUUCUGCAGGAGAUACCUUUAAUCUUGCAUCUUAUGGGUUUGUUUUUUCUGCUUUGGGUUUGCCCUCCAGUUAUUUGCAGCAAUAUUUAGGUCUGUUGGUAAGACUGGAUAACACCAAAUUAAUUUAUCCAGCAAAGUAACGUGAUACUUACUGUAUAUAACAUACUCAUUUAAAGGUUUCUCUUUUUGUUCUUGUGCUUGCCAUUUUAAGUCACACACACACACACACACACACAUACAAACUGCAACUUAUUUUUGUGUUGAUUUUUUCUCUGUCUUAUUGCGGUGGAUGACUAUUUGGCAAUUAAUAAAUGGAAUUAUUGAAUUACUAUUGUGUUCCUUGUACAAAUUAUUAAAUAAAAUCUAUUGUCACUA